AUCAGUUAUCAUAAAAUCCAAUAGGAGGUGGCAGCGUAACAGCAUGGGCGCUAUAGCGCUCUCAGCAAAGCCGCUGCAUCAGCACCAACUUGCAAGCAUGAGGCAGGAUCGAUGGGGUCCCUCAGCCGCCGAUUCCCUCACUCUAAUUGGCGGUCCAACCUCAAUUGGACCUUGAGUAGGCGGGGCAGCUGAGGGGCAUCAGCGUUGGUUGGCGUUGGCGGCGUGGGAGGAGCUUCAAGCAUUGUACCUUACUUACGGUGAGGUAAACGGUGUUACAAGUAAGGUAAGAGCGUAGCAACCAGGUAAGCUAAGAGGCGUCUUAGUUGCUAGGGAAGUUGAGGUAAGACCGAAGACGUCAGGGACAACGGGAAAAGUAAAGGAAAGUUGCGGGCUGCUGUGUAAGGGUCUUUCCGAGAUCGACUUCCUGCAAUUCGUAUUUAGAUCUCAACUCUUCCCACACCCGUAGUUCCUAGCUCAUUCCUCUUUUCUUUCUUCUUCAAUUCCAGCCUUUUAAUACUCCGUCUCUGUGAAGUUUCUGGACAUUCGUCUUCAAGCUUCUAAUCGCUCUCACCGCAACUCUCCCAAACCUCACAUACACUUACAUCACAAUGGAGGCCAUCAAGCAAGCUCUUCACCUUGGCAAGUCCAACGAUGCCCCUGCUGAGCCUAGCCCCGAGGCUCUCAACGAGCUCAAGGAGAAGUACACAAAGGCCGGCCAAGAGCAAGUCUUCACCUUCUACGACUCUCUCUCAUCGGCCGAGCGAGGAACUCUGUACCAGCAGCUUUCUGGCUUCGACCCCGCCCACAUCAACGAGAUCACACACCGCGCCUUGAACCCUCCCAAGACCAGCGAUGAGCCCGAUCGCCUCGAGCCUCUCCCCGAAUCUGCUACCGCUAGCAUUCUCGACUCCAGUGCCGAUGAUAUUUCCAAGUGGUACGACUCCGGUCUUGACCUCAUCUCCAAGGGUCAGGUCGCUGUUGUCCUCAUGGCUGGCGGCCAGGGUACUCGUCUUGGUAGCUCUGCCCCCAAGGGCUGCUACGACAUUGGCCUGCCUUCCCACAAAUCUCUCUUCCAACUUCAGGGUGAGCGAAUUGUCAAGGUCCAGGAGCUCGCCGCCAAGAAGUCUGCUGGCUCCAGCCCUGUUGUUCCCUGGUAUGUCAUGACCAGUGGUCCUACCCGUGGCCCUACCGAGAAGUUCUUCCAGGAGAACAACUACUUUGGCCUGAGCCAGGACAACGUCAAGAUCUUCGAGCAGGGUGUUCUGCCCUGCAUCUCCAACGAUGGCAAGAUCCUUCUCGAGACAAAGGCCAAGGUUGCUGUUGCCCCCGAUGGAAACGGUGGUCUCUACAACGCUCUUGUCGUUUCCGGUGUUGUCGAUGAUAUGCAAAAGCGCGGUAUUCAGCACAUCCACGCCUACUGCGUUGACAACUGCCUUGUGAGGGUCGCCGAUCCCGUCUUCAUUGGUUUCUCUGCCGCCCUUAACGUCGACAUUGCUACCAAGGUUGUCCGUAAGCGUAACGCUACUGAGUCCGUCGGUCUGAUUCUCUCCAAGAACGGCAAGCCCGAUGUUGUUGAGUACUCCGAGAUCGACAAGGCCACUGCUGAGGAGCUUGACCCUAAGCAGUCUGAUCUCCUUCGAUUCCGUGCUGCCAACAUCGUCAACCACUACUACUCUUUCAGCUUCCUCGACUCUAUUCCUCAGUGGGCUCACAAGCUCCCCCACCACAUCGCCCGCAAGAAGAUCCCCUCUGCUGAUCUUCAGAGUGGCGAGACCGUCAAGCCCGAGAAGCCCAAUGGCAUCAAGCUGGAGCAGUUCGUCUUUGAUGUCUUCCCCUUCCUGACCCUGGACAAGUUUGCCUCGCUCGAGGUCAAGCGUGAGGACGAGUUCUCUCCCCUCAAGAACGCUCCUGGCACUGGCGAGGAUGACCCCGAUACCAGCAAGGCCGAUAUCAUGACCCAGGGCAAGCGCUGGGUCGAGGCUGCUGGUGCCAUUGUCGUUGGUGACAAGGCCGAUGUCGGUGUUGAGGUGUCCCCCCUCAUCAGCUACGGCGGUGAGGGUCUGGAGAAGCUCAAGGGUACCGAGAUUACACCCCCUACUCUCCUAUGGCGAGAGUAAGAAGAAAAUAAAUGAUACCAUUACCAGCCAGGAUGACAUAACGAUGCUGUUGUCCUAGGUUUGGCAGCUAAAAGUUGUUUGGAAGAUCUUGUGUAGUUUAUGAAAUACAUUGAUCACAAGUAAUGAUAAAGAUCAAAACGACUCUGGUUUGGAACUUUCUGUAUAUCAUGCAAACGUGAAGUGGAUUAGAUUGAAAGUCUCGACUGCUCCUGCUCUUUAUGUAGAUAUCUAUAUCCCGUCUAAAAUGGCGCAAGUCUAUGUGUUUUAUGAUUUUUAGGUGUCUAUGUCUAUUUCUUUUUUAGUUGAGGUUGGGUCGGUCGUCAGCUCGCUGGUCAUCCUCAUGGUCAGCGAGGAACUUCUCGGCCUCGAGAGCAGCCAUGCAUCCGGUACCGGCGCUGGUAAUGGCCUGUCGGUAUCGCUUGUCCUGGACGUCACCAGCGGCAAAGACACCCUCGACGUUGGUGUAUGUGGUACCAGGGACGGUCUUGAUGUAGCCAUCCUCGUCCAUGUCAACCUGGCCCUUUACAAGGGUAGUGGCGGGGUCGUGACCGAUGGCGUA